CUGCAGCCCGCAGCGGGGAGAAUGAGGCAUUCACGGCGCGGAGGGAAACGCAGCAGCAGCAGCAGCGGCGGCGGCGGCGGCGGCGGCUGACCGACUGCGACACCAAAGUUCCUAAAAUACAUAAAGUUUUAAUGGAAGUUCUGCGCGGAGGUGAAACCAGACUGUUCUGCUGUCGGAGAGUAAAACUCAUGGAAUAGGAAACCCGAUUUUUAUGGAAUAUUAACACAAGGAAUACUUUCCCAGCUCUUCCUGUAAACUGCCACCGUGGUCCGCUGGAAACAGGGUGAAAAGUUUCUGACGUAUUUGAGUAAAAAAGGCUCAGCGGGGGUUGACUACAUUUCCUCAUCCUCCUCAUCCUCCUCAUCCUCCUUGUCCUCCGGUCACAUCAGCAGCUCCACCAUCCUGCUGCUGCCCCUGGAAAUAACAGACUGAGAAGCAGAGACGUCUGGGCGGGAAAUUAAUCAGCAGAGCAGUUUUCCGUCUCUCGGAUCCCAGAGGAAAUAGCAAAGGAGGGUUUUUGUUUCUUGUCAGCUGAGCGUCAGAGACAGGAAGUGUCACCUGAGGCAGGUGCAUGUCUCCGGCGCUCAGCAGCAUGCGGCUCUGAGGAGGCGGCGGCGGGAAUUUUAAAUAAAGCUGGUUGAAACAGGAGGAAGGGAUUAUGGGGAAGGAGCAGGAUCUCCUGCAGGCAGUGAAGAGUGGUGACCUGCUGUCCACUCAGAAGCUGCUGUCCAAACUCAAGAGCAACAGAAACAAGUUGCUGGGCUCUACUAAGAGACUGAAUGUGAACUACCAGGACUCAGACGGGUUUUCGGCGCUGCAUCACGCCGCUCUCACAGGAACCACCGAGCUGCUGUCGGCGCUGCUGGAGGCUCAGGCCACCGUGGACAUCAAGGACAGCAACGGGAUGCGUCCGCUGCAUUAUGCAGCCUGGCAGGGUAAAGCUGACUCGGUCCUGUUGCUGCUUCGCUCCGGAGCGUCGGUGAACGGAGUCUCGCUGGACGGACACAUCCCUCUGCACCUGGCGGCUCAGUACGGACACUACGAAGUGUCUGAGAUGCUGCUGCAGCAUCAGUCCAACCCCUGUCUGGUCAACAAGGCCAAGAAGACUCCCCUCGAUCUGGCCUGUGAGUUUGGACGAGUCAAGGUGGCCCAGCUGCUGCUGAGCAGUAACAUGGUCGUGGCGUUGUUGGAGGGAGAGAGGAAGGAGCCGACAGACUCGGCCUUCACCACCCCGCUGCACCUCGCCGCCCGCAACGGACACAAAGACAUCAUACGGCUGCUGCUGACGGCCGGCAUCGACAUCAACAACACCACCAAGUCUGGAACGGCUCUGCAUGAAGCUUCGCUGUACGGGAAAACAGAGGUGGUGCGACUGCUGCUGGACGCCGGAGUGGACGUGAACAUCCGUAACACCUACAACCAGACGGCCCUGGACAUCGUCAACCAGUUCACCACGUCGCACGCCAGCAAGGAAAUCAAGCAGCUGCUGCGAGACGCGACGGGCGUUUUGCAGGUCAGAGCUCUCAAGGACUACUGGAACCUCCACGACCCCACCGCCCUCAACAUCCGAGCCGGAGACGUCAUCAUGGUGUUGGAGCAGCACAUGGACGGACGCUGGAAGGGACACAUCCACGACAGCCAGAGAGGGACGGACAGAGUCGGCUUCUUCCCUCCAUCCAUUGUGGAGGUCAUCAGCAGACGAAACGGGGGCACCCUGUCCCGGCACGCCUCUCUGCCCACCCAGCGCCAGCAGCUGCUGUCCAGAGCCCCCCUCUCCUCCAGCCUAAGCUCCGCCCCUCAGACUGACGACUCCUACACUCUGUACGCCCCCCCCACCCAUGUGGUGCUGCCACUAGCCAACGGCCUCGCUGCCAACACAGGUCUGUCUCCAAGCCGUCUGUCUCAGUCCGGGUGUCCCUUCGAGGACAUCUGGGUGCUCAGGGACUCGUGUCAUGCCGGAGACAGAAACAGUGUUGGGAGCACCGGCAGCGUCGGCAGCACGCGCAGCGCCGGGAGCGGACAGAGCACCGAGAGCAACAACGCAUCCAACGGACUCCAACACAACACCGGUCACCAUGACAACGCUAACAAGCCGGUGCCCUCUGCUGUUGAUUCUGGACACUCAGACCUCAGCAAACAGCCAGACCAUCCUGCAGGUGGGACUCCUCGGAGGCAGACGGUGACGGUGCAGAGGCCUGCAGAGCAGAGUUUCUCUCAGCAGUUUGUCCGUCCUCAGCAGCUGCUGGAGGGGAAGGUAAAGAUCCACACAGAGGAUGCAGAAGCCAUCUAUCAGUGGCUGAGCGAGUUCCAGCUGGAGCAGUACACUGGAAACUUUAUCAGUGCUGGUUAUGAUGUCCCGACCAUCAGCAGGAUGACUCCUGAGGAUCUGACAGCCAUCGGAGUGACCAAACCAGGCCACCGCAAGAAAAUCUCCAUCGAGAUCAACAACCUGAACAUCCCUGAGUGGCUGCCGGAGUACAUCCCAUCUGAUCUGGGUGAGUGGCUCAGUGCCAUCGGCCUCCCACAGUACCACAAGAAACUCUCUGAAAACGGCUACGACUCGAUCAGCAUAGUCAGAGACCUCACAUGGGAGGAUCUGCAGGAGAUCGGCAUCACCAAGCUGGGCCACCAGAAGAAGCUGAUGCUGGCAGUGAAGAAGCUGUGUGACAUCCAGAGGGCAAUCCUUCAGGCUGAAUCAGGCCAAGGCACGCUGCGACGCAAAGCCCCUGGAGCCCUCCAUCUGGUCACCAUUGAGCCGCCCGAUGCUGGAGGUGAAUGCUCUUCGCCUCACACCCCAAAGAUGCUGACCUUCCAGGACAGCGAGCUGAGCGCAGAGCUGCAGACGGCCAUGUCCAGCCACUAUGGAGGCUGUGAAGAAGGCUUGGCCAUCAAGAAUGCUGUGGGGAUGUCACAGAGCCAGGAGAGCAUUGACAACAGGUCCAGAGGCUCUGGCCGCUCCCAGGAGCCUCCCACAGCUUCAAUCAACCCCCACAGCUGGUCCCAGGAGAGCCUGGAUGGCAGUCCUGCCAAGGAGAGGAACCUCCCUGAGGGCUGGGACCAGAGGCCCCUGCAGCAACAGCUGCUGCCCAAGCAGGUGCCUCUGGGUACAGCCACUGUGUUCAAGUACCCAGCCAUCCCAGCGAAACCCAAACUGUCUGGCUCAUGUGGAUCCUCUCCUCACGGCUCCCCGGCACUGAAAGGUUUCAGCUACCUGCAUUCUCAGUGUGGCUCCACAGACCUGAACCCAUCUACCAGACCUGAGGAUUACACCCAGACUCUGACGCAUCCCAAGAAGCGCACUCAUAGCCUGACCCGCUAUGCUCUCUCAGACGGAGAGCCCGAUGAUGAAGACGAGGAACCUACUCUUCCUACUGGAAACUUGCCAUCAUAUGCCACCUUAACCCGCAAACCCGGCCGCAGCCAGCUGGCUCGAUUACAGUCGAGUCCAGAGAAGAACGGCAAUGUAGGGCGCAGUCAGUCAUUUGCAGUGCGCGCCCGAAAAAAAGGUCCACCUCCUCCCCCUCCCAAGAGACUGAGCUCAGUGAGCAGCACCACCAGUGGGGAGCUGAGCGACAGCAGCACGACAUCCUCUGCUGGUGGGGUGGUGACCGACAGUCCAGGGAGCGUGAGGAGCAUCACAGCCACCCUGGAGGGCAGCACAGAGGUGACGAACCACCCAGGACUUAAACUAGACCUCACUGAGCAAGAACUGCCUCCCCCCGAGUCCAGAGAGACUCCAGGGGUGAGGAGGAGGGUGCAGAGCGAGUGUGUCCAGACCAGCAGCACCGAGCCAGACCGAGGGGUGAAGUCAGACUCAGAGGAAGAAGAAUCUAAAAGUCACGGACUGGAAGCAUCUUCAUCUCCUCAGAACAGCUCCAGCGAGUGCAUCCCCUUCGCUGAGGAAGGCAACCUGACUAUCAAACAGAGGCCCAAAGCUCCGGGGCCGCCCAGGGCUGAAGCUGUGCUGGAGCCACCAGAGAAACCAGCAGGCAAAAACCUAGAGGUGCCCGAGUUUAACCUGAAGGAGUCAGACACAGUAAAGCGCCGACACAAACCCAAAGACAAGGAGCAGGGUGGAAGCUCCCCCAGCAGAGAGGCAGGCUCGGAGUCAGACAGCAGCAGGCCUCCGUCCCAGAGCCAGGAGGAGGUCAGUCUGAGGAUCAGUGAGGCCAGUGUGGAGAGGCCAGCCAGUCCAGCUACAGGGUCCCCCAUCAAACCUCCACUCUCCCCAAAACCUCCUGCAGUUGCCCCAAAACCUGUCCGCCAUAGUCUGCUAGCAGCACAAGCAGCUGGACCCUCCUCUCCAGCUGUGACCGUCAGCGUGGUUCAGAGCGUGGCCUUCACCUCUCCGUCCUCUCCUGCUCAUGUCCCCCUGGUCCCAGCCCCAACUCCAGCCCAUGGGCCCCUGGUGCCAGCCCACGGGCCCCUGGUCCCAGCCCCGGCGCCAGCCCACAUGCCCCUGGUCCCAGCCCCGGCGCCAGUCAACGUGCCCCUGGUCCCAGCCCCGGCGCCAGCCCACGUGCCCCUGGUCCCAGCCCCAGCACCAGCCCAUGGGCCCCUGGUCCUGCCUCCAGCGCCAGCCCACGGGCCCCUGGUCCCAUCCCCGGCGCCAGCCCACGGGCCCCUGGUCCCGGCCCCGGCUCCAGCCCAUGGGCCCCUGGUCUCGGCUCCAGCUCUGGCCCCGGCUCCUUCCCUGUCCCCGGCCCCUCAGAGCCCCUCACUGACAGCAGCAAAGCCUCAGGUGUGCGUGGUGGGUCCGGGCCUCGUCCCCGAGCUGUCCUGCGGGACGGAGGUGGUCCAGCAGAGACUGGAUCAGACCAGCACGUCUCUGGAAGCAGCUCUAAUCGCCGUUGAGAGGAAACUGAACCUAGAGGACUCAGAUAGCAGAGCGAACACAGUGAAGUCAGCAGGGAACAUUCUGGAUGACAUCGGCAACAUGUUUGAUGACCUGGCCGACCAGCUGGACGCCAUGUUGGACUGAAGAUUUCGUAUGAAAUCCACAAAACAUGCACCCUCAAGCUCAGGAAGUGAAACUCAGAAAGAGGAAAAGAUGGAACAGAGAAGGAUUGAUGGAGUGAUUUUCCGAUUCUCCCUCUGAACUGCACAAUGGAGACAGUCAGAGGAGCUAAAGUCAAACACCAGCACUUAAUCCUCACUGUGCUUCCUCCACCAGAAAAACUGAAUCCUGCACUCAUGUUUCUAACUGAAACAAUUGAAAUCUGAUUUCUGUACGGAUGGAUCUUUUUAAUCUUUAUGUUGUCUUAUUAAACAUGAACCAAACAGAGACAGAGUCGGAGCAGCGGUCCACUGUGAGGAAAAACUCCUGAGUAUUAUUGAUUAUUCUUAAAUACUAAUAUUUGUCUAUGAAGUUCUGUCUGUUUGACAUUUUAGAGAGCCGAAGUCUGGAUGUCACUUACUGUCUGAAAAAGUGAAGCGUGAUUAAGGGGUUUAACAUCCAUGUUUUAAUAUAAAUGAGCAUCUACUACAGAGGUCGAUAUGAAUACCCCAAACCAUGAUAAAUAAUCUCUCAGCAAUGAAAAAACAGCAUUAAUCUCAGAGAUGUUGAUGGUUAACAGGCAGUAGGUUGAAUGUGUUUGCCAUCAUCACUUAUUUAGAUUAACAUUAUUUAUUUAAACACAUUUUUUUAAUCAGCAACUUAUUAAGAAUACAUGCAACUAACUUAAAGUACACAUAUUCUGCACAUUUCCAGGUGUAUAUUUAUAUUCUGGGGCUCUACUGGAAUAUUUUUGCAUGAUUU